ACCAAUAUUAUUUCCCCCCUUUUUAAUAUUAUUAGGACGGUGCCAAUUGCCAACACACAGCCAUUGUUGAUCUGGUGCAUCAUGGAUCCUUCCCACCAUGAUUUGUACAUAUUCCCAUCUUGUUUCUUCCAAUUUUAUCAAUCUCAUUCCCCCCAAAUCUCACACCCAUCUUCACGAUCACGGGUUUUGGAGCAAUUAAAGAAGAAUGGCGAGUAGGAUUGAUUCCGAGUAUGAUUACUUGUUCAAGAUCGUGUUGGUAGGGGAUUCGGGUGUUGGUAAAUCCAACAUUUUAUCGAGGUUUACUAGGAAUGAAUUUAGUUUGGAGUCCAAAUCCACCAUUGGAGUUGAGUUUGCUACUAGAACUCUUGAGGUAGACGGAAAGACAAUAAAGGCUCAAAUUUGGGACACAGCAGGCCAAGAGAGGUACCGGGCCAUCACCAGCGCCUAUUACAGAGGUGCGGUUGGAGCUCUUUUGGUUUACGACAUAACCAAAAACUCAACCUUUGACAAUCUUCAAAGGUGGUUACAUGAGCUAAGAGAACACGCGGAUGCUAACAUUGUUCUUAUGCUGGCUGGAAACAAAUCUGAUCUGAACCACUAUCGAGCCGUGAGUGAACAAGAUGGUCAGUCAUUCGCGGAAAAAGAAGGGCUUUUGUUUCUUGAAACAUCUGCACUUGAAUCGUAUAAUAUUGAGAACGCAUUUCACACGGUUUUGACUGAUAUAUACCAUAUUGUUAGCAAGAAAGCGUUGGUGGCAGAAGAGGCGGCGUUGGGUGUACCGGGGAAGGGAACCGCCAUUAAUGUCGGUGGUGGUGCAUCUGGGAACACAAAGAAAGGUUGCUGCUCAAGUUGAAAAAACAUGUUUUGAGAAGUUAUUAGAUUAUGUCUUAUGUAACAUUGAGCAUACGUUACCUUACUUGCCUAAAUCUCCCUUUUAAUAUAGGCAUGUUGUAGAAUAUUGUUGUUGGGUGAUUUUAUUUUGAUAUGAACGUUAUUUCAUUGGUUGCUGAUUG